CUUGUAUAUUCAGCGGCAAUAAGGUAGGAUUAAAUACUAAACUUUCUACCCAAAACGAAAUAUAGUUGACAGAUCAACAUGAGAAUGGUGAUACUUACUUACUUUAUCCUGGUUAUUUUCUUACGUAACUUGCAUUCUGUGCGGGUUGAGAUAAUUAAAUCAAAGUGCGCGUUUGGUCACUUGGGUAAGAAGUAUUUUUCGGAAUGUGGAAACCGAGGUUAUGCUAUGAGAUGCAACGAUACAAGCUUGACGCAAAUUCCAGACUCUUACCCAAUGCCACAGAAUUUUACCAAAUUUCCUCCACCUCUGUGUUUGUUAGAUCUAAGCUACAACGAAUUCAGUUUGGUUGGAAAUCAAUCGUUUGUCAAUGUGAAAAAUUUAAACAGUACAGACGUGUUAUGGUUGUAUCUAGACUACAGCAAAAUCAAAUCUAUUGCUUCGAACGCCUUUGAAAAUCUGACCAACCUGCUUUACUUGAACUUGACUGGAAAUUAUUUGAAUCAGCGUUGUAGUUUUGGGGACGGCGUUUUUAAGCCUCUACUGAGUUUGAGAAACAUCAAUGUGAAGGAAAACAGAUUAGAAACAUUUGACGAUAUUGGAAGAGAACUGCAAUAUUUGAAAAAUCUGAGGGGCAUAUAUAUGGAUUUGUGCGCAGAUUGUGUGUUUGGAAAGAAUUUCAGUAAACUAACAAAUCUAAAAACUCUAGGUCUAUCUGGAAGAUCGAACAAAGCUUGCAAUGCACCAUCUAUUAAAAAUAUAACGUUUCAGUACGUUCCGACAGUAGAAAGAUUAAAUAUAUCGUCGUGUCAUAUACAAUCAAUAGACAAAAACGCCUUCAGCUACCUUAAGAAUAUCAAGCUGUUAGAUAUAUCCUAUAAUGAGCAUCUGAAAUUUACUGGAAUGAAUGAAGCAUUGUAUGGUUUAAGGAACUCGUCCACUUUGAAGUUAUUAAAUGUCAAUAGGAUACAUCAGUUGUACGAAUUUGGGAUACAGCUUAAAUUGACCGACAUAGAGAACCUUAAAACCCUACAUACCCUUGAAACAUUACAUAUGGACUUAAACAAGAUAGAAGUUUUUGAUGAAAAAAUACUCAACCCUUAUCAGUUCCCGAAGACGCUUAAAGACUUUACGCUAUCUGGAAAUCGACUUACAUAUGGAAAAUAUGUUGAAUAUUUAAGCAAAGCAAUCGGCAUUGAGUCACUUGACUUGUCUAGGCAACACUUAAACUAUGACCCAUUUUUCCGCGAACGCUAUGAAAACAGACAGAUGUCUUCAAAAAAUGGCAUGAUCAAAGAUUUUUCCAAAAUAUCAACAGAAGAAAAAUUUCCAUUCAACUGCGAUAUUUAUUUACCCCAUAGUCUUCGUAAAAUCAAAUGGAGAAAAAGUUUCAUAAAUCUUAAGAUAGUUACUCCAAUAAAUAUCUGUGGUGCAACGGGAUUGAAAUACUUAGACGUAUCUUUCAACUUGAUUUCAAAAUGGAAUGCGCCUAUCUUCGGAGUGGAACAUGUGACUCAUCUGGACCUUUCAGAGAACGUUUGCGACGAGGUAAAUCCUAAAUUCUUUUUAAGGUUUAAGUCGUUAGAGCAUUUAAAUCUUUCCGGAAACAGCUUAGGGAAGGUUUUUGAUCCAGAUUUGAAUCCGAAUGCAAGUAAAAUGUUCAAGGUUCAGAAAAACAUAACAAAAUUGGACCUUUCGUUUAACAAAAUAUCCAGCCUUCCGUGGGAUAUAUUCAAAAAUUUACCGAAUCUUAGAUAUUUGGAUUUGAGUGAUAACAGUAUUGAUGAAUGGAACUUCUCUUUGGAAAACAGUCACUGUCUACGUAGAUUGGAUGUGUCUGGAAACAAACUUUACUAUCUUCCCGGUAGUUUAACCAAAUACCUUGACUCUAUUGCAAUGGGAAAUUGUAAUAAAAAUAAAAACGUAAGCGUAAACCUUUACUCGAAUCCGAUAGAAUGUACAUGCAAGACUCUACCAUUUCUCGAGUGGAUGCGGGAUUCUAAAGUAGUAGUAAACUUUACAGCGAAAGACACUUGUCGACUCAACGGUGAAAAUCAAUGCCUGGAAUACCAGCAUCUUGAACAGAUAAUUAGUAUUCUUAAAGAUGACAAAUGUCUAGAUCGGAGUUGGGUGACAUGGACAAUAAGUGCUGCUGGUAGUGUUUUUGUGUGCCUUUUGACUGUUAUCGUCUGCUGCACAAUGUACAGAAACCGUUGGAAACUCCGAUAUCUUUACUACAGUAGAAACAGACGUUACAUUCAUGAAGGUUUUGAGCGUUUGUUCGAGAACGAUGCCUUUGUAUCAUAUGCAAAGAAUAAUGCAAGUUUCAUCAAAAAUGAGAUGGUUCCUGCUCUUGAGACUCAAUAUGGACUACAUCUUUGGGUAGCAGACAGGAAUUCAGUUCCAGGCACGUCUGUGGCUGAGAAUAUCUGUCACGGUAUUUACAACAGCCGGAAAUCGAUUCUGUUAAUAAAUAAGGCAUAUCUGAAUGAUACCUGGUGCGAUUAUGAAAUGCACAUGGCGCAUACUGAAUCUAUUGAAACAAAGAGGAAAAUGAUUAUGAUUGUUCUGAUGGAGUCUAUACCAAUGGAUUCGUUGCCAAUCUGGCUGAUGAGGCUUCUUCAAAGUGAACGAUCCCUGGAAUACCCAGAUCAUCGACAGGAUAUAAACACCUUCUGGAUGAAUCUUGCAGAUGAAAUUCAGUGUUAGCUGGCAUCCAGUUAAAAGUAUCUUGUUUUAUGGUGGUUAUAUUAAUAUUCCAAACAACUGUUUUCAUAUUUGUUUCGGGAAUGAUUAUUUUGCAACGUUAGACGGCAAGGUUGCAGGCCCGUAUCCAGGAUUUUUUUGCUGGGUGGUAGGGGGGUGCAGCCUGGGGGGGGGCGGGGGGUUCGGUAGGGGUAUCCCCUGCCGAUGUCGAAAAUUUUUUAAUAUGGCACAUGAAAAGAUGCAUUUUCCUGCUACCUGAAACACCUUUAAGGAUGCACGAAUGUAUUAUAUAUUUAAGGAAAAGUCUAUCUUUUAAUCAUUUCAUCAAGCAUUUUCAGUGUAUGUAUGAUUGUACAGUCACAGUGUAGUGACAUCAUUUUUCUGUAUGAUACCCAGGUCUCAGUGUAUUGGCUCUGAUUUAUUUUUAUAGCUCUUUGUAUCUACCAAUCCAGUGUUUAACCAGCUACAAGUAAUAAAGAAGCUAGUGGUUUGAAAAUCAACUUUAUUUAUCACAAUAAAACAAACUAUAUGAUUGUGAGCAAUAAUUAUACUACAUUUUAAUCAAAUGAAUAAAAUUAAAUUUCA